AUGGCUGCGUUGUACCCGUGGGUGCCUGCUUCAAACGUCGUCUACACGCUUGGCAGGCGCCUCGUGAAUCGCUUUGCUCCGCACACGCGCAACAAGUUUCCGCGGCCGUGUCUGGACGGCACGUUGUCGGAGGAGUUGCUGCUGUACGGGAAGCGGGCCCAGAGCGACGCGUUCAGGUGCAUGGAAGGUCUCUUUGACCGACGCACGCAGAGCUACGUGCGAAAUGAACAGAAGCGCUACGCCCUCAUUGGCACGAAGUUUGACUUUAAGCAUACCAAGGCCCGGCUGUGGGCGGAGCGUGACGCCAAAUUCGUCAUCACUAGCCGAGAGGGAGGCUUUGACAAGGGUGAGGAACGGAUUGGGGACUACGUGUACUUUACCCGUGUGGUGCCCGGGGGGAUCCCAACGUCAUUGGGUUUUAUUGAAAACGGUUUGGCGAGGUUGACCUCCUUCGGAGGAGCUCAUUAA